AUGGCAAUUAACACUAAACUUGUAGCCACUCUUCUUCUUCUUCUUCUUCCUCUCCUAGCAUUAUUCCAAACCUGCCAUGGCGAAACACCUGGCAUAGCCGUCUACUGGGGUCAAGACGGUCGUGAGGGAACCCUAACACAGGCUUGCACUAGCGGCCUCUAUUCCUAUGUCAUCAUAGCCUUCAUCUUUGAGUACGGUGGCUACCAACCCCCUUCCGUCAACCUGGCCGGUCACUGUACUCCGUCCCUUGACAAUUGCAAGUUCAUCGGCCCAGAGAUCACCACUUGCCAAAACCUAGGAGUCAAGGUCUUAAUCUCCAUUGGUGGACCAUUUGGUGGUAUCCAGUUCCUCACGGACCCCGAUGAUGCUAUAUACCUCGCAGAUUAUAUUUACAAUAAUUUCUUGGGUGGAUCUGCUCCCGACCGUCUAUUCGGAGAUGCUGUAUUAGACGGCGUUGAUUUCUACAUUGAGCGGCAAAGUUCAUAUCUUGCCGAUCUUGCGAGGCAUCUGCAUGAAUAUAGUACACCGGAACAAAAAGUGUAUCUAUCGGCGGCUCCACAGUGUCCCUUCCCAGAUUUGAACAUUGGAACUGCACUUAAUACAGGCUUGUUCGACUAUGUUUGGAUUCAGUUUUACAACAAUCCGUCGUGUCAGUAUAGUUCGAAUAGUCAAAACCUUAUUGCAUCAUGGAUUACAUGGACCUGGUAUAUAAAUGCCCGAUAUAUCUUCGUGGGAUUACCAGGAUCUCCCGAAGCUCCAGUAAGUGGGUAUGCUACUCCCGCCCAGAUUUGCUAUGAAAUUCUUCCUUAUAUAAGGAGAUCACUACAUUAUGGCGGCGUAAUGAUUUGGUCAAGGUAUUGGGACAAAAUCAGUUCAGAUAUUAUUAAGUGCGUUAAGAGAUCAAACUUGAUCAAAUCUGUCGCUGAUUAUUAA